AGCAGCCCAAAAAUUGAAAACUAAAAUGGAGCGGGAAGGACAUUUUCCAUAGGAGCUGAGAAUUCAGUACCAAAAACUUGACGAUUCAUGGCAAGAAGCAAACAAACUGCCCGGAAAAGCAGUCGCUCUAGACCCUCCGUUGCAGAGGCUGGUCCUUCCACUUCAACUCCUCAGCAGCCAUCUCCAAGAAGAAGCCCUCGCACUGCUCCAGCAUCUAGGAAAGAUGGGCAAGCCCAGAAAAAGAGGCGUAACAGGCAAGGGACGGUGGCUUUACGUGAGAUUCGAAAGUAUCAGAAGUCUUGGCAUUUGCUAAUUACUUCUCCAGGAAAUUUGAAAAUUAUAUCCUCUAAUGUAUGACAGGUGAGAGAGAUUUCCUUCCAGUACUCACCGAGCAUAGCACGGUGGCAAGCAGAAGCCUUGGUGGCCCUUCAGGAGGCUGCUGAGGAUUAUAUAGUUCAGUUGUUUGAAGAGGCAAUGAUGUGUGCCAUUCAUGCAAAGCGCGUAACACUGAUGAAAAAGGAUUUUGAGCUGGCCCGACGUAUUGGAGGUAAAGGGCGACCUUGGUGAGAGCAUUGCACAACAUGCAAGAUGGCCGUUGCCACCACCUAGUUGACUAACUUAUCCUUUUGGUAAAUAGCAAGAACCAACAUAAAUGUACAAGUUCAUUGAAGCAUUAUGAAAUUCUCGAACAAUUAUUCUAGUUGUUGAAGGGUGGGUGUGCUCAUCAGUUAUGUGACGGUCCAAAAUGUACUUUCCUUCUGGAGGUUAGAUACUCACCCAAAACUAUGUUUCCAGCUAAUUCUUCUGAUAGGUAGAUCUACAUUAUUUUCUGACAUCCUUGCUGUACUUCAAACUUCAAGCCACCAAAGUUCCUCGAUUAUAUUUAGUCUGUACUUAUCCUGUCAAAAUUCUGUUUUCUUGCUGAAGUUAUUGUUUAAUGCACCUAUUAACUACAUCAA